CGUUCUUCUUCUUUUAUUUUUUUUUAUUUUUAAAUUUUAGUUUUUUUUAAAAAAAAAAAUAGAUCUGCAUAUAUCGAGUUGCUUUUGAUUUAAUUCAGCUACAGUGUGUAUUUUCUUUUCGUGAUUUUUGGUUAUUGAAGCCCUAGGUUUGGAUUUUUGUUUUCUAACUAUAGGGUUUUUGAAACCCUAGCUUUGGAAUAUUGACUAUUUCAGGGUUCUAGAAGGUUGAUUUGGAGAAAUUAGGGCUUAUAUAUUCAGAAUUGGCAAUUACAUGUAUGGAGUCGGGGACUUCAGGGGAUUUGGGUAGUGAAUUGGAUUCGAAACUGAGGGUUCGAUGGAACGAAAAGAGCAAAGUUUAUACCCGAAGAAUCAACAAGAAAGCCCAAAAAACCAGUAUCAAUAACGAUUCUGCCACUACCACCGCUGCCGAGAAUCCCACAGCCUCAACCACUUCCACCACCGAGAAUCCCGCUGCCACCGCCGAGGUUCCCUUCUCCACCGUUGCCGCUACCACCUUCUCCGCCGAGAACCCCAGCAAAUCUACAGCAUCUCCGGCCGUUAUCGCAAGCAGUCAUUCUGCGACAACCACUGACCAUUCUAAGAGCAGUGACAAUGUUGUGAAAGAAUUUUCGGAAACCCCUUAUCAAGGACGGACGUCUUCGCAAACCCUAGUGUCAAAAGAUGCAGAUUCUUUUCAGCAGCAGCAAGGACAAUCACCGCAUCAAGAACAUACGCCCAUACCCAUACUGUCGGAAGAUGGUUUAAGUCAGAAUCGAGUGCAAGAAGGCAGUUUUAGUAAAGCAGCUGAGCUACAGAAUCCUAAAGAAAUAUCGUCACUGCUCAGUGGAAACAAGUUUUACGACUUGAAAGAAUCGUCACCACUGGGCAGUGCAAAUGAACUGCUACAGAGAAGCGGGCAUGGGGCAGAGAGUCCGAGAGAAUCAUCACCACAUCCCAGCGCAAAUAAGCUGCCAAGUGGUAGGAAAGCAACAAUGGCACAGCUGCCCGGUGGGUAUGAGCUGCAGAAUGGUGGAGAAGCAAACCCUCUGCCCUCACCCCUACCCAGUGGGAAUGAGCCAGUAACUGUGAACGGAAAUGUGAAACCCCUGGUGAUAACCAGGGAUGAUAAGGUUAUAUUAAAUAUAUCAGAGGCGACACCAAGGAAUGAGAUUAGAGAGCUUAAGAAGAAGCUAGAGAGGGAGCUUGAGCGGGUUAGGAUGUUAUUUAAACAGCUCGAAGCCAAGGAUGCUAAUAUUAACAGUAGUAUUAUCAGCAGUAAUAAUAUUUUGACUGGCAGUGUUGAUGCUAGUUUGGGUGGGUAUAUUCAACCUCAACCUCAGUAUGUGAGAAAUGAGGUGGCAGAGAAGAGAGCGCUCGCGAGAGUGAAUUCAGAGGUGGGUUCGACAGGGCAUCUAGCAACCAGGCCGAUGGGGUUAGCUAGAGUGAAUUCCGAUGUGGGUGCUACACGGUAUAUGGAACCAAGGCCAUAUAGUAGGCAACUGAGUGUUGCAGUUGAAAACAAUCCCAGUGUUGCUGAAUUUGUGGAGAAAGAGAAAAGGACUCCCAAGGCUAAUCAGUAUUACAGGAAUUCGGAGUUUCUUCUGGGGAAGGAUAGACUGCCUUCUGAAAGCAAUAAGAGAUUAAAGACAAAUAGUAAGAGGAAAUUUGCUGGACAUGGAUUUGGCUUUGGUUUUGGUUUCGAGAUGGAUAAGAACAUGAAUAGGGUGUUCAGGAGUUGCAGCAACUUGCUUCAGAGGUUGAUGAAGCACAAGCAUGGAUGGGUUUUUAAUGAGCCGGUGAAUGCCAAGGCACUGGGAUUGCGUGAUUACCAUGAUAUCAUUAAGUAUCCUAUGGAUUUGGGUACAAUUAAGAAUAGGCUGUCGCAAAAUUGGUACAAGUCACCGAGGGAGUUUGCAGAGGAUGUGAGACUUGUGUUUCGGAAUGCAAUGACAUACAAUCCGAAAGGGCAGGAUGUCCAUGUUAUGGCUGAACAGUUAUCGGAGAUUUUUGAAGAGCGGUGGGCAGUUAUAGAGACGGAGUAUAAUUACUAUUGGAAGUACCAAAUGUAUCAUGGUGCAGGGUUGCCCACUCCCACAUCAAGAAAGGCUCCCCCUCAGCCUCAUUUUGCUCCCCCUGCCUUUGCCUCUGCUCCAGUUGUUGCCUCUUUUCUUGCUGAUGCUCCAUCUGCCCCACGGAUGAUGACUUUAGAUAGGUCGGAAUCUGUGGCUACACCUAUAUCUCUUGAUCCCAAAAUUCAACGGACUCAUGUUGGUCGGAUGCCCGUUCCAAAGAAACCUAAAGCAAAGGAUCCCCAUAAGAGGGACAUGACUUACGAGGAGAAGCAAAGACUUAGCAAAAAUCUUCAGAGCAUACCUUCUGAGAAGCUUGAUGCAAUUAUUCAAAUCAUUAAGAAGAGGAACACUGCACUUUCUCAAAAUGAUAAUGAGAUUGAGGUGGACAUUGACACCGUUGAUACAGAAACCUUAUGGGAGCUUGAUCGGUUUGUGACUAAUUUCAAGAAGAGCUUGAGCAAGUACAAAAGAAAAACGGAACUUGCUCUUCAAGCUAGAGCAGGAGAUAAUUUGACUGUUCCAGUGAUGCACGAAUUUCUCGAUUUUUUUGAAGCAGUUGGAAAGAGUGCUGCUCCUCCUCCUGUUCAAGGUGAAAAGCUGGGGUAUAAUGCGAGUAGGUCCAGUAGUUCAAGCAGUUCUAGCAGUGAUUCUGGAUCAUCUUCGAGCGAUUCCGAUAGUGAUAGUUCCUCUGCAGAUGGGUCAGAUGAAGGGCAUUGAUCUAGUUUGUGAAUGGAUAUGCUUAAGGACCAGGGAAAUCAUUUUUAUUUUAUGCCUACGCAAAUGAUGGUUUCCAGACCCUUCAGAGGCAGCAAGCCCUCAUUCGUAGAGUUAAUUGUAGGCAUUAUAUUCAAGGCGGUUUCUUGUGGGUAUUUUUGAUUGGUUAUAUGAAGGAAUGUGGCAAUUGUAAAUUGCCUUGAUCUGUACCGAUUCUAUUUAUAGAAGGCUUGUGGUAGGAUUUUCGUGACAACAUUUGACAGUGACUGAAGAACUGAGGUCAGUAGAAAAGCGCGGUCUUGAAUAUGAAGAACAAUGUAAGUAUUUGUAGGAGUAGCUGAGUCGUAAUUGCUGUUUUCUAUUUUUUCCCCCCCUUAAAAGUAUUGGUGCUCAUUGUAUAAUUGAAUCUGAUGUUACGAGGGAAUAGAGUAGUCUGUACAGAGCUUUUGACCUGCAAGUUUAAUGUUUGAUUUUCAUGUAUCGAGAGUUAAAAUUUGGUUAGAGAGACUGUUGAUUUGACGAAGGCAUUGUAAAAGGAGUUGUUCUUUUGAAGACGUGCCCCAGUGCUAAUUAGUACAAUGCCUAGGCGUGCGUGUUUAGUAGCUAUGGUACCAGUUGGAAGGUUCCAGUCAUUUUGUAUGGUAUUGUUUGCUUUGGGUUUCAUUCUUAGGAUUGUACAAUAAUGAAUAACCUCAGUUAUUGCCCACGCUGUUAUUUGGGAUUACUCUUAUUCCGUU